UUGAUCGUCUGUUAUUGCUGCUGGCGUAACCUGCGUUUUUCUUGGUGAUAUUUCCCAAUUCUCUUCUCUUUUGUGUUGGCUCUUAUGUAUGUUGUUGUUGGUGGGCUGUGACAUCCUUGUAGACUGAGUUGGGUGUUUUUACCCUCAAUUUGCAUAAUAAGAGAAGAAGAAGGGUGGACUCCUUCAAGUCCCGUGGUUUUUAUCCUUCAUACCGAAGGGGUUUUCCACGUAUAAAUCUUGUGUAUCACUUGCGUAUUUAUAAUUCAUAUUUGCUUGUGAUUCAAUUGAUGUGUUGCUGAUUUGAGCUUGGUUAACAUAGUGGUGAAUUUCUUUUGGUAAAUUGGUGAAGUAUAUUUGGUUGAUUGUCUUGAAGUCGAUCCUUGUAGGAGUUGUAUCCUACUUGUGUUGUUUUGUGCCUCCCCCUACAAUAAGUAUACUCUAUUCGUCUUAGAGUUUUGUCUUCUGCCGCACUUUUUCUCCUUCGCUUUCUUUUUCUUUUUUUUUAUACCUCUUAUUAGUUGAGCCAUCUCAAUUUUACUUGUUUGUUUUUUUUAAUUCCUCUUUCCCACAAAAGUUUGAAGGUGUACCAAAUAGUUACCUAUAUUUUCCAUCUAGCUCUCUUUAAAUAACAUGGCCCUAAGUCUGUAAAAAUUGAAAAGAAAAAGAAACAAAGAAAAUGCCAGAAUAUUGUGUAACAGGGGGUACAGGAUUCAUUGCAGCUUACCUUAUUAAAGCCCUCCUCCUAAAGGGUCAUAUUGUAAGAACCACUGUUCGUGAUCCCGAUAAUGCGGAGAAAGUGGGGUUCUUAUGGGAGCUAGAGGGUGCUAAAGAGAGGCUCAAGAUUCUGAAAGCUGAUCUAUUAGUGGAAGGUAGCUUUGAUGAUGCCAUUGAGGGAGUUGAUGGAGUCUUUCAUACUGCUUCACCUGUUUUGGUCCCUUAUGAUGACAAUAUUCAGAAAACACUGAUUGAUCCAUGUGUAAAUGGUACCUUGAAUGUCCUCAACUCUUGCAAAAAAUCAUCCACAUUGAAGAGGCUUGUGUUGACCUCUUCUUGCUCUUCGAUUAGAUACAGAGAAGAUGCACAACAGAUUUCCCCUCUCAAUGAAUCCCACUGGAGCGACCUUCAGUAUUGCCAAAAAUACAAUCUAUGGUAUGCUUAUGCUAAGACUAAAGCAGAAAAAGAAGCUUGGAGAGUAGCUGAGGAAUGUGGUAUUGAUUUGGUGGUGGUGAAUCCAUCCUUUGUUGUGGGUCCUUUGCUUGCUCCUCAGCCUACGAGUACAUUGCAAAUCAUAUUGGGCAUGGUUAAAGGUAUGAUUGGAGAGUAUGCAAACAGAAGGUUGGGAUUUGUUCACAUUGAGGAUGUUGUGGGAGCUCAUAUUUUAGUGAUGGAAGAAGAAAAAGCUUCAGGUAGAUACAUAUGUUCAAACUCAGUGAGACACAUGUCACAGAUCAAUGACUUGUUAAGGACCAAGUAUCCAUCUUAUCCUCAUGAGAACAAGUGUGGCAACCAACAAGGGGAAGAUAUCCCACAUAGCUUGGACACCAGCAAGAUAACUCAAUUGGGGCUGCCUCUUCUAAAGAGUCUCAAUGAAAUGUUUGAUGAUUGCAUUCAAAGUUUCCAAGAAAAAGGAUUCCUAUGAGCUAAUAAUAUAUCUAAGUUGUCACUUCAUAUAUAUGACCCUUAAUUUCAUUGUGCUUGGACAAAAGGGUUUGAAAUAAAAUUUGUCUAAGUUUUCCACUCAUUUGCAACAUAGAGUCAAUAAUAUUCCUUUGUCAUGUAUGGAAAGAAGAACUUCGAGAUUAGUUUAUUUAAGAGGGUGAAGUUAAGAAAUUCAAUCUCAAGAUUUCAAUAAAAUGGUUUAUAAAAUGUGA